UGCCCUGGCAAAUCUGUGUCAGGCUGGGGUGGUGCAAGCUCGCACUGUGCUUGGGCGCUCAGUGCCCGUCCACCCUCGCUACCCGGUGACACUGCACGAGUGCUUCUCCUGACGAGUGCAACCGGUGCAUUCGCACGGUAUCAUCUCAUCCUCGAUGCACCAACUUGGUUCUCGCAUUCGGAGGAACGUUGUUCGGCCGAACGUUGGUCGUCAAUAACGGGGUUGCCGAGGGCCAACAUAAAUAUGAUCCGUCCUCAAUAAUAAAACGAAUUAAAUUUUAUUCCACAAGAGAGGCCUCCAACGUUAGAACACAACGGCUAUAUAUAUAUAUAUAUAUAUAUAUAUAUAUAUAUAUAUGUACGUAUGAAAUUAGAAGAUUCAGUAUUAGUCCUGGGACCAAGAACGUCGAUCCAUUACUCCAAGAAAAUCAAAGAAUCCCCAAGAUGUUUAAUCUUUAUCAAAGCUUGAAUAAAAAAGAUGAGGGUGAGAGUCAUCGUGAAUCGGAUGUCACCGGACAUGAUAGAUUCUGGCAGGAGAGGCCAAGGACGCGUCGGAAACGACGUGCCGUUAAUCGCAGAACUCAAAGUGCUAUAGAGCUUGAUUCCGAAGCUAUGGUAUCUGCCCGUGGUGUCCUUAGACGUGGAAGAAGCGCAAGUAUCGAGGACGACGAAAGCGAAGAGGAAAAGGGCUAUCAAUUGACCAACAAAAUCGACAAUUUAGCUAAAAUUUUAUUCAAUCGUGUCUCUGCCGCGCGAGGAUGCAGAGAUCAAAAUGAGAUCAGAAAUGGACGACACCACUACACGGCACUGGGUCACGGACCGUCCGCUUGCGAGGACGUCGGCGAGUACGUUGAAAUGGAGAAAAGGUCCAGAGACCGUGCUUUAUCAAUCUGUCAGACUUAUAUCCAACGAACCUCGCGGUAUACUCUCAUCAAACAGCUCAACAACAUCGGAUCGAGAGUGGACAAGCAUUGGUUUGCUGUAAGAGAUACUUCGCUCAAAACUGACAGACUCAUCACUCUGAUGCCCUUGAAUAGAAAUUGUCCGUUGAGUAUCUGUCCGUCGACGAAAGACAUCCUUAACAAUUUAUUUCUCGCUCUACAACAUCCAUACAUUUGUCCUAUAUUCGGCCUGGAAUUUCUCGAGUACGAAGAACUCAACUACGUUGUCUUGAUCCAACCUAUUAAUCACGGUAGUCUUAAGGAUCUUAUAUACGGCAUCGAGAGGAAUUGCUGGAACGAUGAUUGGAGUCAAAAGUAUGCUUCUCGUGGUAAAGGUCUACCAUUAUCACAAAUCCAGCAGAUGGGUAGACAGAUAUUAGAAGCUUUGGUGUUCCUUAAAGAGAGAGGUUUUCCUGUAGUCUCUCAUCUACACUCUGGAAACGUUGUCGUGCAGAAUGGCGUAGCUCGUCUUGCCGGUCUCGAAAACACCCUCUUAGGUUUCAAAAGCAGAAUACAUCCAAUAGUAACAACACGAUUGACCAAAACAAGCACUGUAGACGUGAUAUGUUUCGGUCACAUGCUGUUCGAAAUGUGCGCCGGCUACGAAUUAUGCUCCUUCAAACCAACCGCUGCGCAUCUUUCGGAUAUCGAGAUAUAUCCGCAGGUCAUUGAACUACUUGAGAUAAUAUUUGAUGAGACUAGAAAUCGGUAUCCGAGUAUAGAAGAACUUCUUAUUCACGACCUCUUCAGAAACAUAGACCUUCGCGAAAUGCGCUGUGCACCCGUUACGAUAUUUCGUCCUGCCUUGACACCUUCAAUAAUCAACUUUCUGGAUGGUAUAAAGCAACAAAAUUUAGGUAAAAGAUUUCCGAACUUAGAUUCGAAAGAUAUGAUAUCAUUGAAAAGUCCUGAAGCCGAAUACCAGGAUUCACUUCUUGUCCAAAUAUACAACGAACUAUCUAACACGACCAUAUAAUAGGGGAACAAUUUUUUCGUCUUAUAUACACUCGUCAAAUUUUACUAUUAAUGAUAAUAAGUGCCAAGAUAAAUAAAUCUUAAUUAUUAUUCGCGACUAUCGAAAAUAUUGAAGAAAGUUGUAUAAUUAAAAAUGUUGAAAGGGGAUGUAAACUGGAAACAUCUAGCAAAGAUAAAAACGCACGUCAAUAUGUGUUGAAGCGACGAUAUUUUGAUAAAUUAUUCUAAGCUUACAAUUGAUAUUUAAUAAUCCCUUUUUGAGUAAUACGGAAAUGAUUACAGGAAAUUUUCAAUGGGUCAUUUUAAACCCCAUUUAUCUUAUAAACGUAUAUAAAACAUUUGUUUAUGUACAUUUUAUGUAAUAGAUAUAUCAUAUUGACUUUAAAAUUGUAAUCGAUUUAAAUAUUACCUGAUAAUGUUUACACAUCUUUCUCAUUCUCAAAUUUAACGCAACUUUCUUAUUAUUAUUAUAGCAUGGAUCUAAUACAGGGUGGAUUUUAGGACUGAAUUGUUUAGAUGAUUAUUUCGUCGUUCAAGAUGGUUUGAAACAAAAAAUUCAGAAAUUACGAUAAAAAUUAUUAAUAACUAAUAUUUGUGACAGUUAAAAACAAAAAAGGAAAAAAAACAGAUAAAACACGAAUGGAUAAAUUAUCAAUAGAGAUUUCUUUAUCAUACUAAUGUAAUUUCUCAUACAAACCUAUAUUCUCCAAUUUGGUCUUGUAUCGAACGACACGACAUAAUAGUGCCUGAAUGUUUAGCAUUUAUUUUCUAUGUACCUAAGAGCUACCCUAAAACCCAAGUUGCUGAUUGUAAGAACGCGCUAUUACCACCGAUAGGCUCACUGCUGGCAAAUAUAAAUUCGUUUAUUAUUAAAUCUGUUUAUUAUCGUGUUUAUAUAGUUACAAAAAAAAUAUGCACUAAUAAAUCUUGUAUAUAAAAAAAAAAAAAAAA